AGUCGUCCCUUUAAUCCUCUUCAUAUAAAUCAAGCUUCCAAAAUCACAAUAACCCUCGAUUUUUUUCUUAAAUUUGCUUCAUCUGAAAGCUAAUCAAAUCAACCCCAGAUCAUGUCGUCGUCAUCGGAGCAGGACUUUGAUCAGUCAAUUCGCGAUUUCAUCACAUCAUUUGUCAGAACUGCCGUUGCCGCCGCUCCUCCGUCACAGGAUCACGACGGAGAAGAAGCAGAAGCAGAAGCGAUCGUCUUCACGGUUUACGCUACUCACGCCGGAAGUCUCGUGAAAGAAGGGCCAUUACCGGCGUCGAAAGCGGCGAUAGAGGCCAUCCCGACGGUUACAGCGACGGAGGGAGAAGAUUGUGCGAUAUGUUUGACGGAUUACAGUGGUGUUGCCGGAGAAGCGAAGGAAUUGCCGUGUAGGCAUCGGUAUCAUUCGGAUUGUAUCAUGAAGUGGUUAGGUAUCCAUGGGUCGUGCCCGGUUUGUAGAUACGAGAUGCCGGUGGAUGAAGAGGAGAAGCGGCGGAGAGACGGUGGUGAUGGUGAGUGGUGGCGAGUGAUGAUCACCGUAGAGCGUCGGACUCCGGUGAGUGAAUCGGGUCGGAAUUCUUCGGAUUCGGUAGAGGGUAGUGGGUCAUCAACAGACUAUAUGGAUAUUGAUUAGAUUUUUAUAUUUUUUAAUUCUUUUUCUCCAUUAAGGAAUUUUGUACAAAAUGCAUCAAGUUUGGUUUUUAUUUAAUUCGCUAAAAUUGGUUAGUUCGAUUUUGAAAAUUUCA